UGUCACUCAUUCCACACUUGAAGAUUAUGUUGGUUAUGUGCUCGCUGCAUUUUUCGUUUAUAUUUGGGUCGCGAGCGUUUCUCUUCGGUGCGGUAUUAAAUAAAAUGUCGCAAUCGUAGUGGCCGCGUGCGCGUGUGUUAAAUGAGAGCACAUCGAAAAUGAAUCUGUGUUGAAGCCGAAGAGAUCGAAUCUUCUCUGCGCGUUGAAAUGGACGCCGAAAGCGCAGACUGCAAAUUGUCGUGGUCGGAGCUGAAGAAUGUCGUCACCGAUUUACGUCGGCAAUUAUCCAGCCUGUCGACGAUGGUGCCGACGAAUGUAUCCUUCCGACAGCUACACGACGGCCGCACACGUAUUUACUUUCUCAGCACGCCGCAGAACGGCUGGGAGAGCACACUGCUCUUCGCCGACGUACCAAACGAAAACCCGAAUGCAUCACUCACGCUGCAAUGGCACUGCGUGAUCGAAUCCAACUUUCCGACGGUCUCAGCAUCCAGUAGAUACUCUAGAGAAGAACAAUUGUUAUGGGAACGUAAACGACUUGCCACCUGGGGCAUAAACUGGUAUGAAAUUCACUCAGCGUCCGGAAAAAUUGUUUUUCCAGCCAACAGCAGCUUAUUUCAAUGCAUAGACAACGGUUAUUCAGCCGGUCCAUUAUUUCCAACUAAACUUCGAAUAUCCACCGCGUCAGGCGCAAAACUCAACCCGCAAAUAUGCCCCUCGAAUCCUGAUCUGGUUGCCUACAUUUGCAACCAAGACAUUUGGGUUGCCCACACUGUUUCCGGCUGCAAUGAGCGUUUAACCUACGCGCACAAAGGCGGACGUAACCUAGCGGAUGAUCCACUCUGCGCAGGCGUGCCAUCUUAUGUCAUGCAGGAAGAAUUCAGCCGGUAUCAAGGAUACUGGUGGCAACCGACAUGCGCAUUAGGUGUAUAUCGUAUCCUGUACGAAGAAAUCGACGACGGCGACGUGAAAAUCUUCUGUUUUCCAUCGUCACAGUCCGAUCCCAGCGGCGAAGUGGAAGAGUUUCGCUUCCCACGCGCCGGCUGCGCCAAUUCAAAGAGCUACCUGAAGUUAAUCGAGUUCCGAAUCAGUGAUACACAACAAAUCACUGAUAUUGUCAUGUUAGAAUUACAAUUUAGCGUGAACACAUUAUUCCCAUGGACGGAGUACAUCGUACGCGCUGGAUGGACACCAGAUUCCGAAUAUAUUUGGGUACAGCUGCUGGACAGGCGACAAAAACACCUUGAAUUGGUCCUGUUGUCACUUAGUAAUUUCACAGAGGUGUUACCCAUGUACGAUGAAGGCACCAAUUCGGAUAUUGGUAAUCCAAUGGUGCAAGUUAUCUACGCGGAAGAGUCGUGCGCAUGGGUGAACGUCCAUGACUUGCUUGUCUUCCUUCCGGGAGCUUCAGAUAACCAGGUACAGUUUAUUUGGGCCAGUGAGGAGACUGGUUUCCGGCAUUUGUACCUGGUCACAGCGCAACUCAUGCCCUAUACAAAUGGCAUCUCCGAACCAAUGGAUCAUGUUUCGCUGCAUCCGAAAUUGUUACAAAAGGUGGCGCUGACGCAUGGUGAUUGGGAGGUGUUGGCGCAGGACAUCUGGGUGGAUGUGGAACGCGAAGUUGUGUACUUUAUGGGUUUACGUGAGACUGUCCUAGAGAAACAUCUCUAUGUUGUCUCAUUACGUCGACCCGGUGAGGUUAGGUUACUCACACGCACCGGGUAUUCCUACCAGUGUGAUUUCAACGAUGAAUGCUCCAUGCUGGUGACGGUUUAUAGUAAUAUCGAGAAUAUCCCUGCGUGUCAGGUGUUUAAGGUGACUCACACUGACUGGACGGUUGAAGGUGUGCAACUCACCCCGUUGGGAUACCUUCUUGAAUCCGGGCCGCCAUUGAAUAAGAAAUACUGCCCGGAUUUGUUCACGCACACGAUCGAAUCGGGGCACACCCUGUAUGCGAUGGUUUUCAAACCGCAUGGGUUCCAGCAAGGUAAACAAUACCCGACUAUACUGAAUGUCUACGGUGGGCCUGAGGUGCAGUUGGUUUCGAAUGCGUUUAAAGGUAUGCGACAGUUGCGUAUGCAUAUGUUAGCGGCGCGUGGAUAUUGCGUGGUGGCGAUUGAUUCACGAGGUUCGCAACAUCGCGGUAUAGAGUUUGAGAGUUAUCUGCGUGGGCGGAUGGGUACGGUUGAGUUGGUGGAUCAAGUCGAGGUGCUCAAAUGGCUGGCGAGUAGUUUAGGUUAUGUUGAUUUACGCCGCGUGGCGAUACAUGGCUGGUCGUAUGGAGGUUAUCUCAGCCUGAUGGGACUUGUGCAACAUCCAGACGUGUUUAAACUGGCGAUUGCUGGCGCACCGGUCACCAACUGGAUGUUGUAUGAUACAGGCUACACGGAGCGAUAUAUGGAUCUCCCUGAGAAUAAUCAGCAAGGGUAUGAUGAAGGCUCAGUGUUGAAUUACAUCAAUAAAUUCCCCGAAGAGGAAAAUCGAUUGUUGAUUAUUCAUGGAUUAAUCGAUGAAAACGUGCACUUUUAUCACACUAGUCAACUGAUAAACAGCAUGGUGAAGGCCGGUAAGCCGUAUCAGUUGCAAAUCUAUCCGAAUGAAAGGCACUCGCUGCGCCAUCUGGACGCGAGCAAACACUACGAGACGACGCUGCUGUCGUUCCUGCAGAAUCAUCUCUAACCGACGCCAUGUUCAUAUACAUAGUUGACGAUACGAAGAUUUAGCGUUAAUUUAUUAAACAAAUGACGAUAUAUAUACAAACAAUAUGUAUAAAUAUGUAAGAAACCUAAUUUAACUAUAAGCAAGCGAGACUA